AUGACUGAUAGGUUGCCGCGGGCCACCUUGAGGCAAAAAAUCCAGGUCCUGGAUUAUCUUCACCGGUCGCCGUCCAGGUCGCAAAGGGAAACAAUCGAACAUUUCCGGAAACUCGGCCAGUUUGGCAUAUCCCAGGCAACUCUCUCUAGUUGGGUUCUGAAAGAACCAGCUCUGAGGGCCCAGCUCAGCAGCAAUCCCACACUGGAGACAUACAAGCGCAAGCCACGAUUAAAGUAUCCGGACGUCACAAAGGCUGUCGAAGAAGAGAUCGACCGCUAUUUCGCAGAAAACGAAACAAUAACGGAUAUGCAAAUCACUAAUUUGUUCCUGAAAUAUAUGGAGCAGCUUGGCUACCCUACAAAAAGCUUCAAAUUGAGUAAAGGCUGGCUGCAUGCAUUCAAGAAACGCAAUCGCAUAUUCAAUGGCCGUCGGCUGCGCGAGUGGCAGCCACAGCCUCCUGAAACGUACGGCGACAGUACCUCUCUGGACCUCAACUACGAGGAAAUAUUUAAUACCCAAUUCGUGGGUUUCAACACCAGAUUGAUUCACUCGGAUGACCACUUAACGAACUUCAUUAAUAGCAUACCUGGGCUGGAACAAGUGUCACCUCACGCAGACCACAUCGAAACUGUUGAUCUCCAGUCACCCUCUUCGGUUCCUCCUCCAGAACCAGAAAAGCUGCCAUAUUAUCCAACCAUUCAAAACCCACUGCAGAACCAGCUCUCGCGCAAACCAUACGUACUCGAGAACUUCAAGUACUCCAAAGGAUCACACCCAAACUCAGAAAAGGUUGAAAAAAUCCUCGAGAAUAUCACAGAAGGGACUCCAAAAGCUAACGCUUGA